AUGAGCCGCAACUUGAGAGCUGGCGUCAUUUCUGCGCACCGCUGCCGCGUGUUCGGCCAUUCUCGUUCGGAGCUGUCUUCCGGUCUUCCAAAUGAGGUCAUGGUAUCCUUUGAUGUUACAUCCCUUUUUACUUCUAUUCCGCAGGACCUGGCGAUCGAGACAAUUGAACUGAUACUACAAAGCAAAUACGAUGAAACGGAGAACCGUCUUGGACACGCCCAAAUCCUUGAGCGCCUGAAGCGCUGUCUCAGGACGUACUUCACUUUCGACGGGACAAUCUACGAACAGGUGAAGGGCACACCAAUGGGUUCGCCGGUUUCGGGAUUCAUCGCCGAGGCGGUCCUGCAACGGUUAGAGUCGUUGGUUUUCCAACACCACAGACCGAAAUUCUGGGCCCGGUAUGUGCAUGAUACCUUCGUCGUCAUCGAACGGGAUCAGGUGUUGACAUUCCAAGAACAUCUCAACGCCGUCUUCCCGGACAUUCAAUUUACGAUGGAGGAGGAAGAGAACAAACAGCUGGCCUUCCUGGAUGUCCUCGUAUGCCGCAAGGAUUGUGGUGGACUAAAGACCAAAGUGUUCAGGAAAGCGACAAAUACGAUGCAACUACAGAUCUACGACAGUAACCACCCAAUCAGCCACAAACGCAGUUGUGUAAGGACGCUCUAUCGGCGUGUCGAAACGCACUGCAGUGAGCCGGAAGACAAAACUGCUGAACUACAAUACCUCCGACCGGUCUUCAAAGCCAAUGGCUACCCGCGCAACUUCGUCGACCGGUGCAUACGCAAAAGGGACGAAAGGCCUAACCGCACGGACACCAAGUCUUGGCGGGCACUUCCGUAUGUCAAGAACGUUUCGGAAGCUGUCGGCCGCCUUCUCGCAUCACUUGGGGUUGGAGUGGCACACAGACUGGAGGCAACCAUCAGGCGUCUGAUCAUGAAACCGAAAGACCCACUGCCACGGCUAGAAACGUCUGGAGUCGUUUAUCGGAUCUGGUGCAGUUGCGGACAAAGCAACUACGUCGGAGAAACCGGAGAAACCGUUGCAGGACCGCCUCGGAGAUGA